AUGACAACAGAGAUUAGAAAUAUAAAGCUGGUUCAGAAGAUAGCGUCUGGGGCUUUUGGAGAGAUAUUUAUUGGCCAAAACACAGUGACAAACCAGACAGUGGCAGUGAAGCUGGAGAAGAAGGCUCACUAUGGCCAGCUGAAGCAUGAAUAUGGAGUAUACAAGGCGCUUGGGAGCAUCCGUACCCCAAAGAUUUACGAGUAUGGAAAGAUCUUGUAUGAAAAUGUAUACGUCAAUGGAAUGGUAAUGGAACUGAUGGGCAAGUCUUUGGAGCAGCUGUUUGUUGCAUGCAACAGGCAUUUUUCCCUUAAGACGGUACUGAUGAUAGGAGAGAAGAUGAUUGACGAUGUAGAAUAUCUGCAUCACAAGAACUAUGUACACAGAGACAUUAAACCCGAUAACUUUGUGUUUGACGUCCGAGGAGAUAAAUUGUAUCUAAUAGACUACGGGCUAGCGAAAGAGUUCCGGAAUCCAAUGACAUUCAAGCACAGAGAGAUGAGAACAGAUAAGUCGUUGACGGGGACAGCGAGAUACGCUUCACUGAGGACACAUCAGGGAUAUGAGCAAAGUAGAAGAGAUGACUUGGAAAGCAUUGGAUUCUGUCUUGUGUAUUUUCUUAAAGGAAGGCUUCCUUGGCAAGGGUUGAAGGCCAAGACAAAGCAGGAGAAGUAUGACAAGAUACGGGAAAGCAAAGAGGGGAUAUCGUUGUAUGAGCUGUGUAUGGGGCUCCCGAAGGAAAUUCAUUCUUUUUGCUUCUAUGUGCGGAACCUUGGGUAUGAGGAUAUGCCGAAUUAUGCAUAUUUAAGGACACUGCUCAGCGAUGCGCUUCGGCAAAGAGGCCUAAGGAACGACGGGGUGUUUGAUUGGGUGGCCAGAACGCCCUCUGACUCCUUGGCGGAUCUGGAGAUCCUGUGA